AUGUCUGUUGCGGCGUCGCGUGCCGUUCUGCGGCAAUCGCAGUUCAUGAUCCGCAGGACCGCGGUCAGACACUCUUCCUCUACGUCGGAGGCUGCGAACAAGGCCAAGGAGUCUGCUGCAAAUGCCGCUUCGAAGGCUCAGCAGGGUCUGUCCAGAGUCACCUCCUCCGCUGGUCCCGCAAUCGCCGGAGCUGCGUCGAAUAUCGGCAGCGCGCUGAGAAAGGUCGGAGGAAGAACCGGCAAGGUCAUCGCCUACAUUGACACUUUGAUACCCCCUACUGUCUACUACUCGAAAGUCGGAAUCGAACUCGCCAAGCUUGUGUUCAGGGGCCAGAAGAUGACUCCUCCCAACCUGGCUACUUUCCAGGCCUACUUCGAGCCCGUCAUCAACAUUAUCCGCAACCCCUCCAACCUUCGCAACGUGAACAUCCCCUCCCCCCAGGCCCUUCUCGGCCGUCUGCGCAACGCCGACAAGAAGGAGCUGGCUUUCUAUGGUGUGACUGCCGCUGAGGUCCUCGGAUUCUUCACUAUUGGCGAGAUCAUUGGACGACGCAACGUCGUGGGCUACCGGGGAGAGUCUGCUCACGGUCACUAA